ACUGACUGCAUCUCGACUGCUGAUGCCUGUAUUGAGCCGAGAGGUGCAGAUGCGGUGUGUCUGGGUCCUCCGUCUGGAGUGAAUCCUCUCUGAACUGAAACCAGAGGAAGGACCCCCCAAAAAAACCAUGGACAAAGCAGAAAGGUGUGCCUGUAAUGCUCAGGGGUGAGGAGGAGAGCAGCUGAGGAGGAGGAGAUGGGCUGCACCUCUGCCAAGCAGGUGUCUGCCGUGCCCAACGGUGAGGAGGGCCAGAAUAAAGCCUACAGCAAUGGGGACCUCCUGUCUGAUGAGUACAAGAUGAAAGGAGUGGAGAAAGUUAAGUACAUCAGUGGAGAAGAGGGCGGAGUGGACGGCCAGGACAGCACAGAGAAAAGUGCUCUCCUUGGUAAAGCUGAACACAUGGAUGAAACAGGGUCAAACGGAAAUGGGAAGAUUCUGAGCAUCCACUCCUCUGAGAGUCAGCAGGAAUUCUUCAGGAUGUUGGAUGAGAAAAUUGAAAAGGGCCGGGACUACUGCUCAGAGGAGGAAGAUAUGACAUAGCACUGUGGUCACGUACCCAUCAGUCUCAGUAUGAAAGAACUGUCACUCCAGAUGGACUGUACCAUGUGUUACCAUGCCUGGGGGGGGCUGUUCCUUGUAUGUACUUGCCUGAGAAAAAUGGAUUGAAUCAAGCACCUUCUUGCCCUCCUGAUCACAACCUUAGUUCCUGCUCAUAUAUCAACCAAGAGAGAAACGACCACCAAAAUGAACGAUGGUUCAGUAUUUAUCCAUAUUCAAGGUUUCCCAAAGGGAGAGAACAUUUAAGUUUAUGUCCUUAGUGGAGCCAUUACAGGAUGACAGAGAUCUUGGGAUUUUAACUUGCUUUUUUAUUUUUCUGUUUGGGUAAGUCCUGAAAGUCCAAUAUACAUGGCUGUUACUGAGACUUCCCGUAGACAUUUGAAACAUUCAGACUGCUGCAAAUAUACAUUUCCAGCAGCAGAUGGAACCAGUAGUCUUGUGGACAUUGACUCAAAGUGAAAAUAACGUCUCUAUCUGCAUCAUUUUGAGUAUUUCAUCGUUGAAUGCCUCCCUGAAAAGCCACGCGUUGGAAACUUCCUGCAUUCCAAGACACAGUAUGAACCUCUUUUCUACAGUACGUUGGUCAGUACAGUGUGUUUGUCUGUCCAUGUCUGUUUCUGCUAUGAUGUAGAGUAUUUAUGUUGAAUAAGGCUCAGGGUUGAAGUGUUAAUCUCUGUCUCAUGUGGUCCUUCCUCUCAUUAAGACACUGUUGCACCAUUAAAAAGACACUCAUGCACUCACACAGCAGGGUUAUUGAUGUCCCCUGCUUCAGUAUCUGUCCCAUGUUAACCCUUCAGGGUUGGCAAAAUCACAUACAAUAUGAUUAUGUAUUUUGCUCACCAGUGUUAUGUUGUUGUGUUCAGUUUCUAUGUUGAUUUUUUUUUGUUUUUCUAGAAAAAUAAAAAGUGUUUUCAGUAACUUA